GAAGGCAGCAUACCCCUCGUCCCGGGUGAACGGCGUCACAACCGCGCUGUGUCAUUUCCACGGAUAAAUUACCGACUGUCAGAGACGUCCCGUCUCCCGUGCUGUUCCCAAGCCAGGAUAAUGCCCGAGAACGACCGUUAGCACGGCUCUUUCUGCUCGUCCACACCGAUGAAAACACCCGCUCUUUAAAAAAAACAAAACAAAAAAAAAACUCGGCGUUAAAUCAAACGGGGAUGGGAAACAUGCCCCUCAUCUCGGUGACUUUGGCGGUGCUCGCCGUCGUCCUCAGCACUUCUCAGGUCAGUGGGAACGAGGACUGUCUGUGGUACGUGGAUAAAAAUGGCACCUGGCACAAUGGCUUCGACUGCCCUCUCAUCACAUUCUGCUGUGGGAACUGCAACCGACGCUACUGCUGCCUGGACGCCUUCAAGAUGAUCACGGAGAGGGAGCAGAAGCGCUGCAUGCUUUUCCAGUUCAGCCCCACCACUUUAGCUGGAAUUGCCUCUUCCAUCCUCCUGUUUGUGGCCAUCAUUGCAACCAUGGUCUGCUGCUUCAUGUGCUCCUGCUGUUAUCUUUACCAGAGAAGGCAGCAGAGGGGCAGGACACCUUUUGAUGCCCAGCAGAUCCCCAUGGCCAGCUACCCGGUUGAGCCCAUGUAUGAUGUUUAUGGUAAACCAAUUGGACCCGCAGAGUAUCCACCUGUAGGUUACCCUAUGGCACCCCAGUAUUCUGGCAUGCCCCCACAGUACCCAAUGAUGCAACCAGGACCAUACCCACCGCACCCAGUGGAUCCUUCAUACAGCCAGGCCCCACCACCUUACUCUCCACCUCAGUAUCCUGGUCACUGAUGGGCUCAUCUUCACACGCACAGUGGGAGACAACUGCAGCUGAGAGAAUAGACUGUUUCAACAGUAGAAGGCAGCAGCACUCUCUCUCCCACACACAGACACACACACACCUAUACAGACACAGUCAAACACAAACUCUCACCCUUAAAUAAAUGCUACAGCUCGAUUAGCAGUGGGUUGCCUGUGAAAGAAAACAGGAGGCACUUUAAGUUUAGUUUUUGUUGUUCAUUUACAGCAUCGUCCUGCUUUUCCACAGUAUUAAUGUAAAUAAAAGUCUUUCCUGCAACCCUAACGCUCGACUCCUCUGGGCAGGUGUGACAUCCUUAAAGCAAGGUGGCUUCUGCCUCUAGACACCCACCUCAAGGACAGGGUGUCGCCAAAAGAGUGGUUUUUAUCCUACCCUUAAGUUUGAUUAUAUUAUAACUGCCUAUGGUUGCAUUCCAGGUGAUCUGUAUCACUGCUCCAAGUUCUCCAGUUAUGAUAACAUCAUGUGUUUGUCUGUAUUUUUGAUGUUUCUUUCACAAACUAAGCACAAAAAAAACAAAAAAAAGAAAAUAAGGGUUCCAUGUUUGAUUACAGAGGGGAUGUUUGGAUCUAAGGUGGGUGGCUUAAUAUAUUUAAAUGGUUCUCCCAGUUCUUUGUAAGAAGCCCUUUGUCAUCUGUUUGUUUGAACUGUGGCUUGUCUUUCUUAUAUCUGACAUGAGUAAUUACUUCGAGGUAGUUUAUUAGUGACACCCUUCUUUAUGGUCAGCAUGCUCCCCAGUUAAAGUUACCUGUCCUCUUCUGCUUCCAUUUUGGAUUUAAAUCAAUUAGAAAUUAGUCUAAAGAUUAAUUCCAUAGUGACAGGUAGGGUGUUUCACAGUGAAAUCCAUGUCAGUGUCUGUUUCUUCUAACAUAUCAGGUCAGGGGAAUUGCAGGCCAUGCUGCUCAAUUAAAACAUCCCGCCUUACAAUAACUAACCAUGGAAAAGAAGAGAUUAUUUAAAAAAAAAUUUUUGUAAAUCUGUUCUUCAACUAAAUAUUUUAUGAUAUUGUAACAAGUUAUUUUAAAACUGUGUAUUUUUAUUGUACGAUAAGAUAUGACAUUUGGCAUCUUUCCAUUUACUAUUUAUUACUAUUUAAGUUACCUUUUACUGUGAAUGGGUUCUCACCUUCUGGACUAAGCUAUAAAGCCAAAAACGACUACUGCUGAAAGAGCACCUCUCUUUAAAGGACUCAUUCGACAUUUUGAGGAAUAUGUUUGCUUUCUUGCUGAGCGUUAGAUGUAAAUUGGAGGAAGUGCUUUUUUUUUUUUUUUUUUUUUUUUUUUUUUUAACUAAAAAAAUAAAGUAGGAAUGCACAAGUGACGACGUAUUUGUGAUAAAAUGUACUUUGUCCACAAUGGUUGGUUUUUAGAAAAAGAUACUACAUUGAAUCAGCAAAAAAAAGGAUAAAGUUACCAAUGACAUUUAUCUGUUGUCAUAUUAAUUUUUUGCUGGCUAAAUGCAUAAAGAUGAUUUAAAGAAAAACCUAAAAGACUUCAAAAUGUGUUCUUUAAGAAAGAGUUCUUGGUUUCUUUGACGCAGAUGUUGCUGCUCAUUUUAACUGCUUUAUAUCUUCCUGGGUAGCUCAGUUCAUUUUAAUACAUGAACUUAUAUGCUGUUAUAAAAUAAAUGCAAAAUAUAUGUAGUUAAAAAGUAAAUUUCUUGUGAAAUUUAGUGGCCCUGAAGUAGCAAAGAAAAUAAGAUCCAGCUGUCAGGAAAUGCACUUAUGUGGUAUCCACCACACUCUUAUCAGGUCACAUCUUUCUACACUCAUGUGAUUAAUUAUAGGUGAAACACAGAGGCCAGUAGCCUACCUCAGCAUCAGACUAGAAGCAGGACAAAGAGCUAGUUCAGUUUAAAAAAACAAGCAAAAAAAAAAAAAACUACUAAAACUUGCAAAACUCUGUACAGAAGCAUAGGUAUAAAACAGGAUGUUGUACAGAAUAAAUGUAUGUUAGUACAUGAGUUGUAGGGGUGAUGACAGGUGGAUUUUGUUACCAGUGGACAAAGCCAGGCACUGUUUCCAGGGAAGUCUGUUUUCCACUGUCAGCAUGAAUUUCUCCUGAUCGUAACCUCAAUAUAUUCUCAUCCGUAACCCCAGCUCGUCGCCCCCUGUGUUGCUUGCCCUAACCAUUCCUGUUGUCCGGUAGAUUUGUAUGUUCACCUAACUGGCUCGUGGCUCUAACAGUCUCCUCAUCUGGCCUUAAUUCAGCAAGAAAGCAGACAGGAGGAUUUCACAAAAUGUCAAACUGCCCUUUCAAAAUUUUACUUGCAGGUUUGGGCUCCCGUGAGGUCAGGGCCUGUAACCUGUGAUCUUCUUUAGUUUCGUGGGCUUCCCUGAACAUUCUGUAAAAGGUUUGAAUUGAAAAACAUGAUGCCUAUUAACAGGCGAUCCCUGGUUUGUCUUUUAAGGUGUAGUGUAUUAAACAGCGUAAACAUAAUGUUAGUCUGCAGCAUAAAUUAUUCAUUGCGAUGCCGACGUCCACAUGUACAGGUUUGUUGAGCCUUUGUAAAGCACAAGAAGGAUGCUGGGAUUUUCUUUGUGAAGAUGCUUUCAUAAGUAGUUUGAUAUAACAUUUGCUCAAUGAUGUUUCUCUUCAUUUGUGCUUCUAAAUCAACCAACUCCAUGAGUGUGUUUUAAUGACUUUACUGACAUCAGGUUCCACGUCUAGAUAUGGCUUCAUGUCUGUCGUCAUAUGGAUGGUAUGACAUUGUAAAAUAAAGUGACUGGAAAAUGUUUAUUUCUAUUAACAUAAAAUUUAACUUUGGAAUGUAA